CAUCUGAUCUCAUCAUCUUCUUCCAUGGAGAGGGUCAUCCUUUGUGCCUUCUCAUUGGUCUUCCUCAUGAUGGGGACUACGAUUACUGGUAGUGAUACUGGCAAGCAGGAGGAAUACCGAGCUCGUAAGCUGUUCGUCUUCGGCGACUCAUACGCCGACACAGGAAACCUGGGGAAGAAGCUGGGGAGGAACAUCGCGCGUUCCUGGUUUGAGCCUUACGGCAUGACCUUUCCCAAGAAGCCCGCCGGCCGGUUCUCCGACGGGAAGGUCCUCACCGACUACGUUGCUUCUCUUAUCAGAAUCAGUUCUCCCAUCCCCUAUAAGAUCAGAAGAGUCGGUGACAAGCUGAUGCUGCUACAAAAUGGCAUGAACUUUGCCGUCUCCGGCUCUGGCAUCUUCGACACGGGGAACUUCCAGAGAAACCUAUCCGCUCAGAUCGAUGAGUUCCAGUCUCAGAUCGACGCUGGCGUCUUCUCAGAACAUGACAUCAAGUUUUCUGUUGCGUUGAUCGUUGCGUCCGGGAAUGACUACAUGCACUUCUCUCAACUCGAUCCGAACUAUUUGCUGGUGAGUAUCCGAGAAGGAAACAUGACGAGGUUUCCAUACGAAAGAAAGAACGACAACCAUGACGACGUUCUUCCCAUGCUUUUGCAGCAUCUCUAUCGGUUCAUGGAUCGUCUGUUCGCGCAGCUGAAGGCAGACCUUAAGCGCUUUGAUCGCAUCGGGGUUCCGAAAGUGGUCGUCACCAACCUGCACCCGAUCCAAUGCAUCCCGUACUACACCCGGCAGACGAACUACACGAUUUGUCCCGCGAACAUAUCGGCGGCAGUGGCAGACCAUAACCGCAGGGUUGAUCGACUGGUGGAGGAAUUGGAUGGAGGUAGUAAUACAACAACCUUCCUGUCUCUUGACGUGAACACGGCCUUCUCAAACGUACUCCGUCAAGUGAAUGGAGCAGAGACGAUCAAGUACUUGUUGGUGCCAUGUUGCGAGAGUAGCUCCGGCACAGCAGCCUGCAGUCAGGUAGAUGCCCAGGGGAACAAGUUGUAUAGGGUGUGCCGCCACCCGGAGGAACACUUCUACUGGGACUCAGCACACCCGACUCAGGCCGGAUGGGCUGCAGCCUUCCAGUACCUCGAGCCCUCGCUACGCAGCUUCCUCCUCCCCUGUCCUGUUUGAGAUCUCAUGUUGCAGAGAUCAGCUUCCAUUGUUUCCAUUUUCUCGUCUCUUGUCAGGACGCUCGCUUGUCAGUGGAGGUCAACUCUCAGUCAUCGAUCGCAGGUCUAAUUAGCCUAUCGUUAAUUUGAUUAAGGAGAAAGACUAUUUGCGU